UUAGACGCUAGAUUGCAUCGCAACCUAGCGAUUUAUGACCAAAAAGUGCAACCAUACUUGCAUCUUGUCACUUUAAUUUGAAGAAGAGAGAGUCGAUGAAGAGAACUCUCUCAUGUUACUUUCGCCCUUAUUUAAACUCAAUCUAGACUUACCCAUUUCUUUUGAUAAUGUUUGCGUUCUGGGGAUACGCCGUUUUCAAAUGUUACGCAACACCGUAUCGAGUAGAGAUGUAAAUGGUCACUUGAACCGGUCGAAUCGGUUGGUUUCUGAAAAGGCGCGCAAAAUGUAAACACACUUUCUGACGAACUGCUCAGUAAUUUAGUGUACAAGAAAUUCCAAAGUGAGACGCAUUAAUUGUGAAAAUGUCGUCCUCCAACGGUCAGAACAAGGAAGAACAAGAAUCGCUUGAAAUGGACGAAUUGGAGCAGUUAUUGCUAGCGGCGGAAUCCGAAGAAACAUCCUGUGUGAAAAUAGUACCUUCACCUACUGGUUCCGGUGUCAUAGCGAACCAGGAAGGAAGCAGCUCCUCAACCGUGAAACCCGUCCGUAAAACUGCCUCACUCUCACUAAGUGGUUCAACAUUUUUACAGGAGGCAGAAGGCAGUAACAUAAAAACGGACAAGCAAGGUAAAACCGGUAAAAAAUCGUCCAGUGCGGUACAUAGUGGUGACACGGACUCUUCCGACGAUGAGGAAGUGCGGAAUUUUCUCGAACGCAAGUACGACGAGUAUGGACGAGGUAUUAAUGCACUGUUGAAACAAAAGGAAGAGGAAAGAGUUGAUUUCCAAAUUUCGAAUUUUAUCGAUCGAGCGCUGAAAAAAGCUGAAGAUGAAGUUUCUAAGCUGCCGAAGAAGGAGACACCGAAACCCAAAACCAAGGAACCAAAGCCAACGGAAGACGUACGACCUUUUCCGGGAGCAGAGAUGGUUGAACCUGCACUAGUGGUUUCCAGAAAUACAAUUCCAGAUGUAUUCCAGAAAAGCGUUUAUACCGAUCCCAUCUUUGGCAUCCGCUUGGUGCAUCCAUUGAUCUCGAGCAGCGUCCUUCAGGAGAGAAUGCAAGGUAGGAAACCGGUUCCCAUGAGCAAAAUCAAGUACCACAUCGAGCAUGGCAACCUAAAGGAAGACUGGGCCAUGGCGGGAGUGGUCCUCAGCAAAAGUCCUCCGAAAACGACCUCGAAGGGCGGCCAGUUUUCAAUCUGGAAGUUGAGCGAUCUGCACGGGGAAAUUAAAAUGGUCAGUUUGUUCCUGUUCUCCCAGGCCCACAAGGAUUUGUGGAAAACGGCCGAAGGGAUGGUCAUCAGUAUUCUAAACCCGGGGGUGUUGGACCGCAACGAGGACAAAAAUAUUGAGGCGGUGCUGUCGAUCGAUAAAUCUGCCAAGGUGAUGAUCCUUGGCCAGUCGAGGGACAUGGGGACCUGUCGCAGUCGGAAGAAAAACGGAGAUCGAUGUACGGCCGUGGUGAACUUGGACAAGUGCGAAUACUGCGUUUAUCACGUGAAGCAGGAGUACAACAAGGCUUGCAAUCGGGGCGGGCUCAUUUCAUCAACGGCUGGACGGGGACUGAAUGAGCUGCGGAAUAAAGUCCUGGGAAAGAAUGAGGUGUUUUACGGUGGUCAAAGUUUCUCAGCUGUGAAAGCCAAAAAGAAUCCCAAACAAGUGGAAAAAGACAACCACCGAAUGAUGACGCUGUCGGAGUACUACCAGUCACCGUUCCAGGGCAGCUCACAGUCUAGUUCAUCGGCCCCGUCCUAUCGCCAACAACCGAAUGGCGCCCCAAAAAAAUCUUCGGCUGCUAGAUUAGAACUGAACGUAAAACAGCGUGAAAAGGAUAUGGAACGCUUGAAGCAACUGGGCUUGAGUAGCAGUGAAGGAUCUCUAUCGUUGACUAAUGGGUCAAAAGAAGUUUCCUCCGUACAGAAGGUGACGAAAGUGGAACCCACUAUAGCGCCCACCUCUCGCCCUUCUGUGCCCAAUGGAUUCGAAAACAGAUCAUUUAGCUUGGAGACCAAACAGGCACCUCGCUUGAGCACUGGAAAUUUUGUCAUCGAUUUGGCAGCAUCUCCGAAGCAAGCACUGCAUUCCCGCCAGAAAGCCAUUGAUAUUCUGAAAAAGAAGCCUCUGGAGAAGGCCAAUCCCAAUUUUAUCAAGUAUCGUGGCACGGAAACUGGGAAAAAGCGGGCAUUGGAAGAGAUUCAAACUAAGGAAGCCACUGAAAAUGGAAAUCUAUCGAAGAAGCAGAAACUAGACCAAGAAGAUCAAGCUCGCAAGGAUCGCAUCAAAGCAAUUAUGGAUGCUAGCUCUUCUCACACAGAUCUAAUCCAAGCUCACGAGGACGAAGAGCAGGAAAAGUAUUUCAAGGAUCUCGAGCGGAAGGAAGCAAUGGAGGAGAAAAUGAUGAACACCUUCAAGGUGGAAUGCAAGGCUGUGAUAUGCGUUCAGUGCAAGUAUAUUGCCUUCUCGGCGGCGGACCGUUGCAAGGAGGAACGCCACGAACUGAAAGUUCGCGAUGCCGAGAAGCGGUUCUUCAAGUGUGGCGAUUGUGGUAAUAGAACAGUAUCCCUGCACCGUUUACCCAAAACUAGUUGCAAAAACUGUCAAAGCUCUCGAUGGGAGCGCUGCGCCAUGAUGCGGGACAAAAAGGGACCGAACAUUGGAACGGCGUUGUCCAUUCGAGGCGAUGAGGAGACAUUUUUGGGAAGCUGCGCAAAUAGUGCCAAUUUGAAUUUGUUGGUUCCGGAUGAAAGUUAAAUUA